CCGGAGCGCGGUCACGUGAGCGCCGAGAGGCCGGGCUCCCAAACUCAACGAGGGGGGCACCCGACACCCCCGUAUCCCCACCCCCAGCCGAACGAGGUGGACUUUGAAGAAAAGAAUCCAAAUCUACCCAAACCGAAGACGUGGUGUGCCCAGUCAGCACGGAUAUUAUUAGUUAACUUAAAAGACUUUGCCGACUUCAUACUCCUGGCGCGCAGAUGUUUUGCUGACGUGCGCUGGGGCAAGGGGAUCUAUUUUAACUUUGCAAAAUGCUCGUGCUGUAUUGAGAUAAAAGAGUUUUCACUCUUUUCACCGCUUGGAAUUUCAGCGACUAGGGAUCUACUACUUUGUAUUGUGUACCGUUAAUGGAGGCAACUCGGCUGGGUUGGAAGGAAUAGCGAGUCUCUUCACUGCCCCUUCUCGUAGGGGCUGACUUGGAGGGGCAGUCGGGGAGAAUCUCUCACCAUAAAAGUUCCUCCAGACGUCCUCUGUAGUGAAGGAAGACUCCCCCGUCUUGUAGCGUCUGUCCGCCCCGUCCCCGUCGGCCCUUGGCUCCUUGCCAGGGUCAGAGGUCAAAGGUCACGCCAGCGAUAUGAUGCCCCGUCAGGUCAUGACCCUGCUGCCCUUCCUGCUGCCGCUCAGUGCUCUGCUGCUCUCGCCACUGCUGCAGGAGUCCCACGCCUCAUCGCUCCCCAUCUUCACCAAGAUACCCAUAGACUUGACAGGGGUGUCGGGCGGAGCCGUGUCCUUCGUGUGCCAGGCCACCGGCGACCCCAAGCCCAAGGUCACAUGGAACAAGAAGGGCAAGCGAGUAAACUCGCCACGUGUGGAGAGCAUAGAGUUUGAUGAGGGUGCGGGGGCAGUGUUGAGAAUCCAGCCUUUGCGUGCCCCUCGCGAUGAGAACAUCUACGAGUGCGUGGCCGAGAACAUCGCCGGAGAGAUCACCACCUCCGCCAAGCUGUCAAUCAUCAGAGAGGACCUGCUCCCCCAGGGCUUCCCGCGGAUAGACAUGGGCCCUCAGCUGAAGGUGGUGGAGCGGACGCGUACGGCCACCAUGCUGUGUGCCGCCAGCGGCGUGCCAGACCCGGAGAUCAGCUGGUUCAAGGACCUGUUGCCCAUCGACCCCAGCCAGAGCAGCGGACGCAUCAAGCAGCUGCGCUCAGGUGCCCUGCAGAUUGAGAAUACGGAGGAGACGGACCAGGGGAAGUACGAGUGCGUGGCGUCCAAUGUGGAGGGCGUGCGCUUCUCCUCGCCCGCCAACCUGUAUGUGCGAGUCCGCCGCGUCCCCCCGCGAUUCUCCAUCUUCCCCACCAACCACGAGAUCAUGCCCGGUGGCAGUGUGAACAUCACCUGCGUGGCGGUGGGCUCGCCCAUGCCCUACGUGAAGUGGAUGCUGAACGCAGAGGACCUGACGCCGGAGGACGAGAUGCCCGUGGGCCGCAACGUGCUGGCGCUGGACGGCAUCAACGAGUCGGCCAACUACACCUGCGUGGCCAUGAGCAGCCUGGGCAUCAUCGAGGCCGUCGCCCAGAUCACCGUCAAGUCGCUACCAAAACCCCCCGGCACCCCCGCGGUAACGGAAACCACGGCGACCAGCAUCACCAUCACCUGGGACAGCGGCAACCCCGACCCAGUGCUGCACUACAUCAUCCAGUACCGUGCCAAGACGGCCGACAGCAAGUACGAGACCAUGGACGGCAUCACCACCACGCGCUACAGCAUCGGCGGCCUCUCGCCCAACACCGACUACGAGAUCCGCGUCUCAGCCUUCAACACCAUCGGUCAGGGCCCGCCCAGCGAGGCCGUCGAGGCACGCACGGGCGAGCAGGCCCCCGCCAGCCCUCCUAGGACGGUCCAGGCACGGGUCAUAUCCGCCAAUACCAUGGUCGUGCGAUGGGAUGAACCAGAGGAGCCCAACGGGCAAAUCAAAGGUUACCGGGUCUACUACACAAUGGAUGACAGCCUGGCUCUGAGCAACUGGCAGAUCCACAACGUGCAGGACAGCGUGCUCACCACCAUCCCCAGCCUGACGUCCGGGGAGACCUACAGCAUCCGCGUGCUGGCCUUCACCUCCGUUGGAGACGGGCCGCCAUCCGACCCCAUACAGGUCAAGAUGGUACUCGGAGUUCCAGCGCAGCCUGAAAAGUUCCAGGUGGGGGCGGUGUCAGACACCAGCAUCGAGCUGACCUGGGAGCCCCCGGGGAACAAGGACCUCAACUAUGAACUACGCUACAGGGAGGGGACCAAAGGCAGUGAGGUGACUAAAAAGUUCGGUCCCUCAUCCUCGUACGUGGUGGAGGGGCUGAAGGCCAACACGGAGUACCUCUUUUCCCUGGCUGGCAUCUCCAAGAGCGGCAUCGGGGCCUUCACCAACGAGAUCUCCCAGAAGACCUCCCAAGCAAAACCCUCCGCCCCUCCGCAAGACGUGAAGUGCGCGGGCGCCUCCUCCACCUCUCUGCUGGUAAGUUGGCAGGCGCCGCCGGCCGAGAGCCGCAAUGGCGAGCUGACGGGCUACGUGGUGCGGCACCGGGUGGUGUCUGUGCCGGGGGUGGAGGGCGGCGCUGGCGGCCCCGGUGCGGAGGUCAAGGAGCCCCAGGUGGGCCCUGGCGAGGCCAAGCAGCUGCUCGUCACGGGCCUGGAGAAGUGGACCCAGUACCAGGUGACUGUGGCCGCCGCCACCAGCGAGGGCCUGGGGCCCUACAGCGAGCCGCUGGCCUGCCGCACCGACGAGGACGUGCCUGGGGGCCCGCCUCGGCGCGUGGAGCUGGAGGCGUUGAACUCCACGGCCAUCCGGGUGACUUGGCGCUCGCUGCAGGCCGGCCGCCAGCACGGCCAGAUCCGUGGCUACCAGGUGCAUUAUGUGCGCAUGGAGAACGGAGAGUCACGAGGCAUUCCGCUCAUCAAGGACGUCAUGCUGGCCGACGCACAGUGGGAAACUGAUGAGUCUGUCGACUAUGAAAUGAUCAUAGGCGGCCUGGAGCCCAACACCAGCUACUCGGUGACAGUGGCAGCCUACACCACCAAAGGGGACGGGGCGCGCAGCAAGGGCAAGAUCGUGGUGACCAAGGGAGCAGUGCCCGGCGCCCCGUCCCUGAGCGUGUGGCAGGACACGGCCAGCACGGCGGUGGUGCGUUGGCAGGCGCCCGCGCCCUCCUUGCCCCUGACCCCUGGUGGCGCGGAGGUGCCGGUGCAGGGCUACCGGCUGCAGUUCGGCCGCAAGGACGUGACGCCUCUCGCCACGCUGGAGUUCACGGCGCGUGAGACGGAGUACACUGUGCCCAACGUGCACCGCGGUGCCACCUACCUCUUCCGGCUGUCGGCCAAGUCGCGCGGCGGCUUCGGCGACGAGGCCACGCAGGAACUGCGCGUGCCCGAGGAGGCACCGCGCGGCUACCCGCAGAUCGCAGACGGCGCCAACCUCACCUGCUGCACGCUGCAGCUGUCCUGGCUACCGCCCGUCUUAGCCGAGCGUAAUGGCGCCAUCACCGAAUACACGCUAGUGUACCAGGAGGCUGGACCUAGCUCUGGCUCCUCCUCCUCCUCCUAUUCCUUCGCCUCCCCGCCCAAGGAGCUCUCGCUGCCCGCUAGUCAGUCCAGCUACACGCUCAACGGCCUGAAGCCGGACGCCGUCUACGAAGUCAAAAUACGCGCUCACACCAGCGUAGGUCCGGGGCCCUACAGCCCGUCGGUCCAGUACCGCACUGCCGCCAUCGGAGCAGACGUUCCUAGGAACUUCACCGUCAAGUUCGUUACCAAGACAACCGUGACUCUCACCUGGAAGUUCUCGGAGAGCCGCGUGCCAUACCGCUGCAUGAUCGAGUACAACCGUCAGAAGAUGGACGUGGACGCUCGUCAGAUGAAGACCCUGGUGGGGGGGCUGCAGCCCAACAGCAGCUACGAGUUCCGUAUGACGUGCCAGGGCGGCGGGGAGGGGGCCCAGGCUCACCGCGCCGCCGCCCGAACAGCGCCCCCUAUCAGCGUGAAGAAGCCAGAGCUGGAUACACGGGAGCAGGACAGCACUCUCACCAUACUCAUACCACCGCUGGACGCCAAGGAUAUCAUCAAGAACGUGUAUGUGGUGGUGGUGCCAAUGAAGAAACUGAAGUCUCCUCCGGCUACCCCCGACGACAUCGACCUGGAUGAGCUUCUGAAGGAGGCGGGCGUGCCCACGCGCCACUCGCGGCAGCUGCAGCUGUCAGAGCACCGCAAGCCGUACAUCGCGGCCAGCUUCCGGCCCGCCAGCCUGCCGCCCAGCUUCACCCUGGGCAACGAGCUCAUGUUCCGCGGCUACGAGAACCGCAUGCUGCAGCCGGGACAGGAGUACCGCGUCUUCCUACUGGCCGAACUCAACACCACGGGCGGGAGGGUGUUUGUGACCAGCCCCUUCACAGACCCGGUGACGGUGCCAGAGGUGAACAGCCAGCCGGUGGAGUCCGGAGGGGACGGCCUGAUCUGGGUGGUGGGACCCGUACUGGCCGUGGUCUUCAUCAUCUGCAUCGUCAUCGCCAUACUCCUCUACAAGAACAGUAAGCGUAAGGAGUCGGAGCCGCGUACCAAGUGCCUGCUGAACAACGCCGACAUCAUGCCCCAUCACCCCACAGACCCCGUGGAGAUGAGACGCAUCAACUUCCAAACACCAGAUUCUGGUCUCAGCAGUCCGCUAAGUGACGGAGGUUUUGACUGUGAAAGUAUGAUGAGCCAUCCUCCCAUCCCCAUCUCGGAGCUCGCAGAACACACCGACCUGCUCAAGGCCAAUGACAACCUGAAGCUCUCCCAGGAGUAUGAGUCCAUCGAUCCUGGGCAGCAGUUCACCUGGGAGAACUCCAACCUGGAGGUCAACAAGCCCAAGAACCGCUAUGCCAAUGUCAUCGCCUACGACCACUCACGCGUCAUCCUGGCUCCCAUCGAAGGUAUCACAGGCAGUGACUACAUCAAUGCCAACUACAUCGAUGGCUACCGUAAGCAGAAUGCCUACAUCGCCACGCAGGGCCCACUGCCCGAGACCUUCGGGGACUUCUGGAGGAUGGUGUGGGAACAGCGCUCCGCAACUGUGGUGAUGAUGACACGUCUAGAAGAGAAGUCACGGAUCAAGUGUGACCAGUAUUGGCCCAGUCGUGGCACGGAGACGUACGGCAUGACCCAGGUCACCCUGCUGGACACCAUUGAGCUGGCCACAUUCUGUGUGCGCACCUUCUCUCUACAUAAGAACGGCUCGAGUGAGAAGCGGGAGGUGCGGCAGUUCCAGUUCACGGCCUGGCCUGACCACGGCGUGCCCGAGUACCCCACCCCCUUCCUGGCCUUCCUCAGGAGAGUCAAGACCUGCAACCCUCCAGACGCCGGCCCCAUCGUCACACACUGCAGCGCGGGCGUGGGCCGCACGGGCUGCUUCAUCGUGAUCGACGCCAUGCUGGAGCGCAUCAAGCACGAGAAGACGGUGGACAUCUACGGCCACGUGACGCUGAUGCGCGCCCAGCGCAACUACAUGGUGCAGACGGAGGACCAGUACAGCUUCAUCCACGACGCCCUGCUGGAGGCGGUGGCCUGCGGCAACACCGAGGUGGCCGCCCGCUCCCUCUUCUCCUACAUCCAGAAGCUGGCCGGCGUGGAGACCGGCGAGCACGUCACCGGCAUGGAGCUGGAGUUCAAGCGGUUGGCCAACUCCAAGGCGCACACGUCUCGCUUCAUCAGUGCCAACCUGCCCUGCAACAAGUUCAAGAACCGGCUGGUGAACAUCAUGCCCUAUGAGACCACCCGCGUCUGCCUACAGCCAAUCAGGGGCCUCGAGGGCUCCGACUACAUCAACGCCAGCUUCAUCGACGGAUACAGGCAACAGAAGGCCUACAUUGCCACCCAGGGGCCCCUGGCGGAGACCACGGAGGACUUCUGGAGGAUGCUGUGGGAGAACAACUCCACCAUCGUGGUCAUGCUCACCAAGCUCCGAGAGAUGGGCAGGGAAAAGUGUCACCAGUACUGGCCUGCGGAGCGCUCUGCACGAUACCAGUACUUCGUGGUGGACCCCAUGGCGGAGUACAACAUGCCCCAGUACAUACUGAGGGAGUUCAAGGUCACCGACGCCAGGGAUGGACAAUCGCGGACGGUGAGGCAGUUCCAGUUCACUGAUUGGCCGGAGCAAGGCGUUCCCAAGUCGGGGGAGGGCUUUAUCGACUUCAUCGGCCAGGUGCACAAAACCAAGGAGCAGUUCGGCCAGGAUGGACCCAUCUCUGUGCACUGCAGUGCUGGGGUGGGCCGGACAGGCGUGUUCAUCACGCUGAGCAUCGUGCUGGAGAGGAUGAGGUACGAGGGAGUGGUGGACAUCUUCCAGACCGUCAAGAUGCUCCGCACGCAGAGACCCGCCAUGGUGCAGACGGAGGAUGAGUAUCAGUUCUGCUACCAGGCUGCUCUGGAGUAUCUGGGCAGCUUUGAUCACUAUGCAACGUAAGAAGCCAUCACAUUUCCCAAUCCCCCACCCCUAGUGUCCACCCCCCUCCCCUCCCCUCCUGGCCCCUCCCCUGGCCCCUCUUCCGGACUGUCUCCUGAGCCAUAGAGACCUGCCUGAGAACCGGAACCAACCACAACAACAACAACAACCACAAAACAACAAAGUGACACUCCAAUCAUCCAAUGGGGGAAAUGCUGUAUAAAAAACAAAACAAAGUGUUGGAUUUCAAAAAAAGAAAGAAAGGAAAAAAAUGUGACAAAAAAGUGAAUAUUUGAAACUGUCUGUUGGUGGCCAGCCUAUCAAAAUGGCCAGAUUGGGUCGACUUGGGAGUUCUGCCUCCUCCCACACCCCCCAGGCUGGAGGGACUCUCCAUUCUGCUGACCAGAUGGGAACCAAAAAAAACAACACAACACCAGACUCGUGCUGUGGGGGAAAGGGAGGGAUUUACGUGACGGACUGCUCUCCUUACCUCAAGUGUUCUACUGUGAGGGCGCACUCGAGACUGGCUCCUGACUGGCUGGUCCAACGUUCUGAUCCAAAGCCACGUAUACAGUACGUCUCCUCUGGGCCAGAGCGGUGCCGGAGUCGGUAGUCAUCUUGAGAAACGAUUCAUCCUUUUUGUGUACAUCUGUUUCAAAGAACUAACUGCAUUAAAAGUUUAAAAAAAAUAUUCAAUGGACAUACAGAAACGGUGAAUGAAGGAUACUGCCAUCUAGAAGAACGGAAGGAGCCCGUAUGGACACUCACACACACACACGCACACACGCACACACACACACACACACACACACACACACACACACACACACACACACACACACACACACACACACACACACACACACACACACACACUUUCUGGUGUUUCUCUGUGUCCACGGAUAUGUACAGGACCUCUAUCGAUCCUCAACUCUACUACUCUUCGUCGUAGAUAGAGGAAAAACACACAUACACACGGACACACACACAUACGGACAUACACACGAACACACACACGAACACACACACUGAUGUAUACAUAGAAGCAUACUGUAUGUAAAGACAUACACAUUUACAUUGAUGUUUGUAGUCAUACUGUAUAUCAGUAUAAAUACCCACAGACACACACACACACACACACACACACACACACACACACACACACACACACACACACACACACACACUUACACAAACUAUUACCUGUAGUUUAUAACCGAUGAUGAACUGGUUCUACUGUCCGUCAGAAAGUCUCCAGUUACAAGUAUGUGCUCAAGUGUUAAAGCUCCCUCCUCAAACACUGUCACACACGCACACACACACACACACACACACACACACACACACACACACACACACACACACACACACACACACACACACACACACACUCACACACACACACACACACGCACGCACGCACACACACGCACACACACACACGCAGACCACCUCCAGUGUUUGGAGCCAAGAGCUACUGCAGUCUGAAGGGGAACCUCCUCACCCCCUGCAUCUAUACUGCCCCAUCAUCAGCUGGGGGAUCCGGCAUCAAGCAUGUUCGUAGCCAGAAACCAUUCAUUGGCUGGGCCCAGAAACAAACAAAUCUGGUUGGCCUGUUUACUCAAACAAAAGGGAAUACUGUGUCUAGGCAAACAAACUAUCAAAACACACAAACAUGUUGCAUUAGGGAGCAUUCUGAUUCGCUUGGACUGAUUGAUUGACAGGAAAAGGGACCACCCACCACUAUGUAUGUGUAACAAACCAUGCUGUGAAUGAAACCCCCACAGCAGGAACCGUACUGGUAGGAGAACCUGCAGCUAUUACAUAGGGAACUAUUGUGAGGAGAACUUUUUAGCUGAGGAACUACCUCGAGGAGAACCGUCAGCUUGAAAGCUGUCAGGAGGACGAGAACCUUGAGCUGAAGGAUGAACCUCGAGAAGAACCGUCAGCUGUGGAACUGCCGUUUAAAGGAGAACUUUCUGUUUUCUAAUGCAGGGGGAGCUGAGAGACUGCUGAGAACGUUUGUAAGGGCGGUCAUAGUGUUUUGCUCCUCUCCUGACACCUGUGUGUGUCUGCAGUGCCCAACCUCCAUUGCCGUCUGUUCAGACUGGUGUCUCACGUGAACGAACUCAGUGUGCGAUAUGGUAUGUGUGUAUGUGGGUGUAUGUGUGUGAGUGUGUGUGUGUGUGUGUGAUAGACUCCUAGUUGUGCUUGUGUUAUGCCAAACUUGCUGCUCUCCUCUGUCUUGCUGUACAUGUGCAGAAUGUUCUGGAAAGGUUCCGAAGGAUCCAUCAGUGUGAGAAAGGGACCUGUCACCAGAAAAUGGGAAAGAAAAUACGGAAAAUGACAAAAAAAAUGUAUGAAAUCAUGGUUGUGAACUAAAUAUCAUUAAAUUGGGGCACCUCUCGAAAGAAUGUGUGGGUGUGUGCACAUGCUUGUAUGUUUGCAUGCACGCGUACGUCUGUGUGUACACGUGCGUGUACGUACAUGCGCGUGUGUGUGUGUGUGUUUGCCUGAGUGUGUGCAUGCGUGCGUGCGUGUACACAUGAAGUGUACCUGGUGGUGGGGUUGCCCCGUUCACCCCCCUCCUCCUCUCAGUAUAAGUCGUCUGUGCGUGCACAGCCACAGAGACGUACUGUGCGUAGAAGAGGUCGUGCUGUGUAAUCUGUCUUAUUUCCUGGGAGCCUUAUUGUUAUUACUGUCAUUGCAGCUCAACCCCCUCUCCCUUCUCCUACUCCCCUACCCCCCCACCCUCCGUAGACAUUCUAUUCUUUAACCUAGAACCUAGAACAAGCUUUUAUUUGACUUUUUAACUGAUCUGCUCAUUUAAAAAGAAAAAAAAACACAUAAAGAGAAUAGCCAGAGAGAGAAGAACUUAACCUGUUCAUAUUAUGUUGAAAGACAUUCUAUUUUUUCACAGUAGAGAUGUUACAGAUGAGGUUGAGGUGUGUGUUUAUGUGUAUGGGGAUGUAUACACACAUAGACACACACCACGCUCCUACAUAUUUAAAAAGCAGAAUAUAAAGAUGUAUCCAAAUCUAGACUAGUCUUUUUUGUUUUCUUUUUGUUUUUUAUUUCGUUUUCUUUUUUAUUAUUCUUUUUUUGUACCACUCAUGAACUUUUCAUUGUUUGUGUAAAAAAAUGGGAUUUUGUUUUUCUUUUCUUACUGAUGUUUUUUUUCGUUCCUCUGUUAAACGUGAAAGGAGAAUUGGAGAGGACUUGACUGUGUGUGUCUGGGAAAGGGCAAAGAGAGCUAUGUGAAGCGGCUCGGAGAUCUGGACUCUUUGAGCUAAAUAGACCUAGAUGAACUUUCUUUUGUAAUGAAAUUAGACAGAGCUGAAAUAAAUAAAAUAAAUAAAAGAAUAAAAAAACACGAAUUCUUUUUGACCUGACCAGACUUUUCAGCUGUACACUUUGUACAGGCUAUAUGCUAACAUCCUUCCCUUUCCCCUUUUUUUAACAUUUUCGUUUUUCUUUUCUUUUUCUUUUUUGUUAAUCGUUAUUUCCAAAACAUCAGCCGAUCAUUCAUUUGUUAUAUACCAGUGAUGAUCAUGCAUACCUGUAAAUAAGCAAAUAUAUAUUAUAUGUAUUUGUAUCAUUUGACCCUUGACCUUGAGAUAUCAGCCCUCGGUCGGCACAUCGUGUGAUGCUAAUGAGGAAGCUUUCUACAGUGUCUGUGUGAAUGUUCCCACCAAAACAACCAACCAAACGACAAAAACCUUAACCCCUAAGCCCUAACCCUUGACCCCUGAUCGCCAUAUUCCCGUCCCCCCACCCCACCCGUUGUCACAGUAACACCCAGCUUUUCCAUUGUAGCCCCCUCCUCCCCUUAUCCACUGUGUCCUGAACAGGGCGUCACAAAAGGUCCUGUUUUUACCCAGAAUUCUUUGAGGCUGCGGUGCGGCCCACUUGUUGAGCUGUUCAAGUACCAUUAGGAGAUGUUUUCUAUGCCAGCUCUCUGCUUGCUCGGUGGGGGGGGGUGUUGAGGGGUUCAGAUUUCUCAGAGACCCCCUCUCGACCCGUAAGUACCAAUUGGCACCCCUUGGACGACAUCCCAGAGAACGGCUGGUGUGUCCCGUAUCUCUCUGCGUCCUUUCAAACCAACCCUCAACUCUGGCCCCAACCCUAUCCCAUCCCAUCCUUACCUUCUGCUGUGUGUAUGCACUGUAUGUCCCUGACACCACCCAACUCGUAGUCCCCCCCCCUCAUUCUGGACACCUCUGUCACUGACUCUAGUUAUACAGUGACCAGGCUGACUGUAGUGUGAGAAGGGAUGAUGUGUGUUGUGUCAGCGAGUGAUUAGGGGGUUCUCUCCUCCUUAAAAUGUGGAUGGGGGGCUGAGAAGAAAAG